GCACCAGAGGUUGCAGCCACAAUUGGAAGACACAUGGAACAAAGAAACAACUGAAGAAAAGGGACGAAAUGAAGGCGACAGUUCAGUACUUACUUAGGUAGUUUCAACGCCCGUUUAGUUUUAUUUUUGUCGUCUGUUUUUCUUAACUAAAAGUAGAUACUAAAUUUUUACAUCAGUGUAAUUCCAGUGAUAAAAAUGACUCGAGAUCCUUUGAUUUUAUUCGUAGUGCUGAUUUCUUGUUCAGUAAGUUCCAUCGGUUUGGAAAUUCCAUACAGAAACAACUCGCUUUUAACACUUGACAUAAUUGAUCACGAGAAAAACUUCACCAUACCUUGUUCCGAUGCAGAUGAAGUUGAAUGGCUAAUCGACACCAAUACGCAUGCGAAAAAUUUCAUACAAGUGUUGGCACCAAAUAAAAAAAAUGUCGUAAUCAAGGAUGCCAACAGAUGGGAUACUGGAAUUUAUAAAUGUUUUUCGAAAAAGAACCCCGCAGUGUUUAUGAAGGUUGUUCUUCGCGUUCAGUACAGAAGCAACCACCUUCCCUUCAUCUGUCUAGUCUGUUAUUUACCUACACUCAAUUCUUCCAGUUUCUUCCAAAAGUGAAAUACACAAAAAGGGUUUCCAACAGGGUGAUGGAUGACCAUCAUUACCAACAAUACUCAUCUGAGGUACAUUAUGUCAUUCUAGUUGGAAAUAAUAAACGAAAAACAAUUCAAUCAAAGAUCCACAAUGAACAUGAAGUUUGUUUUAAAAUACUUAUAUCAUUAUUUACCCAUUUAGCCACGUAAAAUCUUGCAUUUUUUGACCUGUAGGCUGUAGGUCAAAAAAAUCCUUAUGUUCCUAUGUUUGAGAAUAAAUCGCUGAGAUGGGAAUUUUUUCAACCUCCAGUGCAAUAUUUUAUCGAGCUAGGCAAAUGCAAUUCAUUUCAUUUUUUUAUUUGCCAAUUUUUUAUUUAUUUUUUUUUUUUGCAUGACAGCGUGUUUUUUGGUGAAAGAGAGGAUGGAAAGGAUCAGGUCAUUAAAUCAUACAGGUACCAAUUAGCAAACAACUUCGAUCUAGGUAAUUGAAUUGAUUAGAGAAAUAAAAAAGAGAAAAUCUAUUUUUGAACUACAAAAAAUUUCUCCGCUUACGAGUAUUUGAGAACCCAAAAAUUGUACAAUACGUGUUUCGAUGAGCGUGCUAUAGAAAAAAUGUUCAAGGCCAAAUGUCACUCUGCCAACAACAAAAAAAAAAGAAAAAAAAGGGCAACCAAAAAAUUAAACUUUACUUCGUUCAAUUUCCAACAAAAAAAAACAAAUAUUUUUGGCAGGAAAAAAGUGAAUCAUUGAAUUGGUCCCAUUUCAAUUGGUUAAAUUCUUUAAAUGCUAUAUUAAAAUUUAUCUGAAGCGCCAUGAAAAAAACUAAUUAAUUUUUUUUGAAAUCUCCGUUUUUAAAUCAAAAAUAAUUUACAAAGCUGAAAAAUAAAAAUCGAAGCAAAUGAAUUUGAAAAACCGAAGUCAUGCUUAAUCCAUCAUAAAUUCUCAAUGUGAGAAUGCAACGUUGCCAAAAAGCUCUUCUCUGACGCUUUUAUCUAUUGAUCUGCUGUAUUAAGAUCAAUACCUACUUAUUUUCUCAUACGAUUUUCUCUCAAAAAUCAAAAAUGUCAAUCCAGGCUUCCUCUCUUUCAGACAGUCAAUUCAGUUAUACGAAUGCAUUAACUUACUUACGAUUAAAUAUUGUGUAAGCUGUAAUUUUUACUUUCACCUAACGCCAUAAAUGGCGAUGAAUAAAACAUAUCAGUUGGACUUA